AUGAGCUUCCUACUGCCCAAGCUGACCAGCAAGAAAGAAGUAGACCAGGCAAUCAAAAGUACUGCAGAGAAGGUGUUGGUUCUCAGGUUUGGGAGAGAUGAGGAUCCUGUCUGCCUGCAGCUAGAUGAUAUUCUUUCCAAGACCUCGUCUGACCUGAGUAAAAUGGCUACAAUAUACCUGGUAGAUGUGGAUCAGACUCCAGUUUACACCCAGUAUUUUGACAUCAGUUAUAUUCCAUCUACUAUAUUUUUCUUCAAUGGGCAGCAUAUGAAAGUGGAUUAUGGGUCCCCAGAUCACACUAAGUUUGUGGGAAGUUUCAAAACCAAACAAGACUUCAUAGAUUUGAUUGAAGUAAUCUAUCGAGGCGCAAUGAGGGGAAAACUUAUUGUCCAAAGCCCUAUUGAUCCUAAAAAUAUCCCCAAAUAUGACCUUCUCUAUCAAGACAUUUAG